AUGGAAGGGCAUUGUGUCUGCCCAUUUAGCGGCUGCAGCUUCAUUGGAACAUACCAUGAAUUGUAUGCCCACGCCAGCAGUGGCCACUCUGACGAUCUGCAGAUGAUUGAAUGUGGAGAAACAAUGUCUAUAAGCUUUGCUAAUCAUCAGAGGGUUGUUCUCAAGGAACAAAGUAGGAGAGGAGGAAAACUCAUUUCUGUGAAUCGUCUCAUCCAACCAAUUGGGGCAUUUUUCCAUGUAAGAUGUAUUUCGCCUAAUGUUCUUGGAAUGGGAAACUUCUCCUCGAAGCUGACGGUUAAAUGGUCCAUGCUUAGUAAGCAUUGCUUACUGAGGUUCAAAGGCUACGAUGGGAAGCUCCGCUUGGGUGAUAUACUUGAGAAAGCGAAGGCCCUGCCAAAGUACCCAUUGACGCCAAUUCAUUCUAACAAGCGUAAGCUGAUUGCAAUCCGGAGGAAAUCGAAGAAAUCAAAGAAGGUGGCAAGCAACAGGCAAGAGAACAUAGCUGAUGGAGAAACUGAAGAACAAGAACAAAGCGAUGAUGUUUGA